AUGCGUGGUUCUGGCGGACUUCGGGCCAUACACACUCAACACAAACUCGAUGGGAAUCAUGAGAAAUCUCCCUUUUGGAAGCAAUCAAACACAGGAUGUACAGAUAAAGAGCCCCCGCUUAGUCGCGAACCGUGCGGUGGUGAAUUGCAGGCCUCUUCUUCUAGCUGCCUUGUUUUACAGCAGAAAUUCUCUGGUUUCCCCACCAGGGGCUGCCUCAAGCGCUGCGCGGAAACUUCCUUCCACAAGCACUGGAUAAGUUAUGUUCAUUUCUUGGCCACCGCCGCGGCUCUUGCCACCUUUGUAUGGUAUCCCGUAGCCUCCAGUGCAACAGACAGCGAGCCAACAAACAGUGCAUUAGGUAACCUGAGACGAUCUGAAGGCAAACAAAACGAGCUGCUGUUUGCUGAGCCCCUCUAUGGUGACGAGACAACCUUCGUAUCCACUCGAGUUCAGGAAGCCUUGGCUGCGGGAAGCCCGUUAUCGUAUGCUCCUCAAAUCGCUGCUGAGGCUUCCGUCGAAAUUUCAUGGAGCGUGUGCUCUCGCCUAUGCAACGGUGGCACGCAGUCAGUUGACCGAGAUCGGUCGUAUGUUUUGGCUGUAGAGGGUUUGCGCCAUGCCCUUUUAGAUGUUACGGAUUGGUCCGACUCGUAUGAGAAAGCGGUACAGGAUGAGGUCGCCAAAUUGUUAAUAGUUGGCGAUACAAACCCAGCACAACUGAAAACACGUCCUUGCAAUACCUUUAGGUGCCCUCUUGAGGUGCCGACCGAUUUAGCGACUGCAUUGAUGCAAAUUGCGAGGGAACCAAAGUCAGUGGCAUCUUUUGGAGUUCUUCCUCAGGUGGACUUUUCUUUAGCGUGCCAGGACCGGCAUCUGCUGGAGCGAAUCACCCAGGAUGACUGGGACAGGAAGCGCUCAGAACAGAGGAGUAAUGCCAGGAGCCAGCAAGUACAGGGGUCAGAAGAGGUGUGGGAGUCGACUGUCUUGGAACCACAGCAGCUUAGCCUUUACAGCUGUGUCAGUUUGUGCCGGCUGUACCGCCUGUGCGGAGCCGUGAUAUACACUGAGGAUAUUGAAGAUGUGGGAGCGAGUAAAAUUGUUUCCAAAGGCACUGAAUCCCCUGCUGGACUCGAAGAAGCGUUGGUCAAUGCCCGUUUUGCAGUAGACGCUCUUGAGGAAGGUGUUAGAGAAAUGCAUGGCUCACACGACUUUAGGGAACACGAAGGAUCGCCAAGCCGCAAUCCAGUUUGCAGUUUGUACACACGCCUAAAGGUGUCGCGGGUGACGGACUGCGGUGUAGAGGCAGCCAAGAAGACUGGAAACGCUUCGCUGACGCUUUUGGUGCUAAACGAGAAUGUUGAUUUCGCGGAGGCUGCACGGGGCAUGCGUAGUUCUUUGGCUAUGGAGUUUACUCGACAGGGGAAUCUAGUGGACGAUGCCGCCAACCUUAUGAAAGUGAAGGGGAGUGGCGGCAAAACUGAUUCCAACAGCUCUCAAUGGGAAGACCGACUAAAGACUAAGGUUACAAAAGCCAAUAAGCACGCAGUCUCUGCCGCGCGCGUCCUGUUGGCGGCUGUGGGGCUUUUGGAGGGAGCCGCGCGGCAAGCUCACAAAGCAAUCAGCGUUGCCCAGUCCGCGGGAUCGUCUCAAUCGCAGGUUAAGGCUAACCCAGAGGAAGCAGGAGAUUCGGGUUCCCAAAUAGAAGUAACUCAGCCGACCUUUCAUACUGCACGGCCCCUCAGUGCCUCCUGUCCAGUGUUCACAGGCGUGGAGCUGCUUGGCAGGGGGUGUGUAGAGCCGUUUACACUUCGAACACACCACCAAACAGAUAAAUCGAGUUCGUCUCGUACUACCACCUCAAGCAGCAAGCGCAGCUCGCCUGAUGCAAGUCCCAUGACCUGGCACUUGUGCAGGCAGCUGUUAGAAGAGUCAUCAAAACUCCUGGAAACUUUCCGCGCAACAGUGUCUCAGAUGGAGGCUAAAGGAUCAGUGAUGGCGGACGUAUCGGCAGAAGCCCAGAGACUAGGGGGCCUCUUGUUAGAUCUCGACAGUGUUCAGACAGCAAAUUUGUCUAUUUAUGAGAAUGGAAUCGAUGUACAAACAAGCACUAAUGCAGCAACUACGAAGGAUGCACCACUUCGUGGAGAUAUGGACACACUCAGCCUGCGAAAAGAGACGGUGGAGCGACUGGGAAAAGGCAGUGGCAACCUGUUUGCAGUUUUCGAUACAGUGAAGGAGGCCUGCGCAAUAAAAGCCAUAUUCGAGCCACGUAUCACGCAGAAUGGCGAUACUUUAGGUGCGCAGUUCCCAACGGCAUGCGGACACUUCAGCCCUUCUUCUGUACUUGUCCUGCCGCGUGCAGACUCUAGUGCGUCAGCGAUAGUUGCCACUGAUGGUGACUCAGAGCUGCCCAACGGCCAAGAAAGUGCGUGCCCUGAAGUCCCCUGUAUCUAUUCUACAUGGACAUCAUGGUCACCCUGUUAUGUAGCAGCGCCUGACGUGUCCGAUGAUGAUUGGAACAACGAGGAGAGCGAGAUACAUUCGACAGGCCGUAAGAUUUCAGCAAUCUGGCAAGUCAGGUUUCAAGAGGUGCUACUGCGCCCCAAGGCGGCGCUGCAAUGUGACGUGCGUGCUGAAGCACGUCUCUGCACGGAGAGAGCAACGGCCGAUACGGAAGUGACAAAACUGAUGAGUGGCUUUACCGGUGCCAUCGCAAACCAUGCCACUAACUGGUGUCAGUACAGCCCCUUUUCGGAAUGGGGCGAAUGCACGCCAGAGUGCCUCUCUGAUGAUACAGUCGUUGCGUACCGGACUCGCACGCGCUCUGUGCAGCAAUACCCAGUGACGGGCCUGGCUCCCAGUUGUGAUCCGGAUUUACUUGAGUCAGAGGAGGUGUGUCCAGAUGUUCCUAUGUGCGCGCAUGAAGAAGACGAAGGAGGCGAAGUUGCCACAGCAGACGAGGCCUUAACACAUGAGCUGCCCACAGCGGUCUCUGCUGUGUCAGAUAUUCACUUGCAUAUCCAGUCAGCUGCGCUUGAAGACACUGUGUCUCUGAAGGGGAACCCUUCCCCAAAACUGCGGGCAACCAAGGCUCUACAUACAAUUGCUUCUAUAAAUGACGGUGAAGCAAGGCCAGCCUUUGGAGAUUAUGCAUCAAGAACACCAGCUGAAUUACAGCAGAGUUUUCUGGAACGUGCUGCCUCGAUUCAUGAUGAAACUUCAGAUGAAGUUGCUGAAGACGAAGAGGAAGAUGACCCUCCUUCGGGGUCUUCAACAAGUGUGCCUCAUCAAAGCAACAAAUCUGAGGAUAGCGCAGACGAUGCUUUUGAUGAAGUCGCUGAAGACGAAGAGGAAGAUGACCCUCCUUCGGGGUCUUCAACAAAUGUGCCUCAUCAAAGCAACAAAUCUGAGGAUAGCGCAGACGAUGCUUUUGAUGAAGUCGCUGAAGACGAAGAGGAAGAUGACCCCCCUUCGGGGUCUUCAACAAAUGUGCCUCAUCAAAGCAACAAAUCUGAGGAUAGCGCAGGUGGUGCCGCUGCAUCGCCUUCUGUCAGCCCGAAUACUACGGUGUCCAGCAAUACUGAAUCCCUUCCCACUUCGUCUGUGCCAUCGGCGUCUCCAGGGGGUGGCCAAAGCAGGUUUAAUACCUCAUCAUCGGAUGAAACGAAGAUUCCUUAUGACUAUCCUACAACUGAUGAGCAUGCCGGUGUAGCUGAGGAGAGCACGAAGGAAGAGUCUGGUGAAGAACUGAGUGCCGACGUGUCACCUAAUGCCGACGCUGUGACAGGAACGACUCAGGAUGAGACCGAGAGUGAAGAUGAAGUGUUUGCAUUUGGCCUGUCCUUUGCUACCUUUGUGGCAUGCUGCCUGUGCGGAGCGUUUGCGUGUGCAACGCUGGUGCUGCUCGCAGUCGUGUCCAGCACUGCGGUUCGUUCCUGGCUUGGGUAUGACUGGUCUAAAGCGACAAGCGAUGAACGUACAGAGCUGCUUGAAUCAACAAAGAAAGCCGCUGCACCUUCAGUAAUCGCACCGCUUGUUGAUCCUAACGGUGUCAAAGUAUUAACUCCGCAAGGAGCGCCCCUACUUGUGUCCCCGUGCAUGUCUAAGUCGGGUGCGCACCUAACCGCCGGCAACUCGAAGAUUUUUGUCACCAUGAAGGGCGAUUUCGUAGACAACUGGGGAAGUCCGGUUGCAGAGAACGACCUCCCGGAAGAACUGGGGGGAAAGGCAGGCGCGAAGCCUUCAAGUAUAGCAGGAGGGUCCGCAAGACAAUCGCUGGGGUGGGUAGCCCCAGCAGUACCACCAAAACAAGCAGCACCUUCUGCACCUCGAGCAUCAAUUGCGCAGGCAGUAGGUUCAGCUGGAGGGCUCACGAUUACCGCAGCGUCAAAGGCCCCGGCGACCAAGAAACCGUCUUUGGCAAUGGCCCUGUGA